AUGGCCGCGAACAUGUCGCAGAUGGUCCCCAACGGCCAGAUGAUGAUGCUACAGGCGCAGCAGCAGCAGCAGCAUCAGCAGCAUCAGCAGCGGCAGCAACAGCAGCCAGGCCGGAUGCAGGGCAUGACAGCUGCUAUCAACCAUAGCCUGCUUCAGAGUAUGGCUAUGGCGCCCGUGGGCUCUUGGCAGAGCAGCUACAGCCCAAACGAGCGAUAUGGGAAGGUUAUGAACCUGUUGUCAAACAUGUCACUGGCCGCACAAGACCCCCAAAGUGUGCAGAAGGCUUGCGCCGCCGCUUUGGAGAUUGAGAAGACGUACUUUCUGCAGGCCCCAGAUAGGCAAACAUAUGAUCACAUGAUAACACAAAAAGUUCAAGAACUCGUUCAACGGCGACAAAACAACGCCGCGGAACUUCAGAAGCAGGUUGACGCCGAUGCCGCACGACAGGCUCAGCUGCAGCGCCAGCAACAGCAGAUGCUCCUAAAUCAGAUGGCCGCAAGAGGCUUGGGCCAGCCAGCUCAGCACGGCUUCCAACCCAUACCGAACCAGUUUUCUACCAUACCUCAGCAACCGCAACAGAUGUCCAUGAGCCCAGGCAUGGGCAUGGGCAUGGGUAUGGGCAUGGGUGGCCCGGCAAUGCUUCAGAACCGCCCGGAACAGCGCCAAUUUCCCAUGCAGACGGGACAACCGCGACCACCAGGCGUCAUUCCUAAGGAUAUGAGCCAGUUGAAUCCACAGGAAAAACAGCUCGUUAAUGAGAUGGCCCUGAGGCUCAUGAACCAGACGCCCGAGCCGGCAAAACACCAAUACCGACAGAUGAUGCAGCAGAAGCUGAAUCCAGCUCAAUUUGCCGAGUUCACCGCCUCGGGCAGGGACCCGGCGUUCAUUUAUUUCCAGAGCAUGGCCAUGGAAACUCUUCAGAAGCGUGCGCAGGCGCAGAGGGCGGCGGCCAUGAUGCAACGGUCAGGAAUGCCCGCGAACGUGAUGCCACACGCCGGUCCGCCCCAGGGCCAGAUAAACCCGGCUUUUAUCAACGCUCUGGGUCAGCAGGCGAUUAUGCAAGACGGCCAGAUGUUCCCGCAAAACUUGGAGAGCAUCCGGAACGAGCAGCAGAUGGGUUUCCUCGCGCAGGAAGCCGGGCAAAUGGUUGUACCUGCGAGUGCCGCGCCUGGCCGAAACGCGACGCCGGGCGCGAUGACCGGCCUCCCGGCACAGCCUACACCCGGGAGUCAACAGGGCCAAAACCAGACUCCGCGACCUCCGCAGGUGCAGCCUCCGUUCGGCAUACCGCCUGCCAAGAUGGACCCUGCCACUGCCCAAGCACAAGCUCAGUCCGCAGCCCGGGCCGUUGGUCGGACUAUGCAAGGCCAGUCCGGCGCGAUUGCUGCGCCUACUGCUACCUCACAGAGCCCGGCAUUGAGCUCAUUAAACACACCGUUGCGGCAACCCCCUCUCCCCAUGGGCCAACCCAACGGGCAGCCUAUUAACCAAGGCAAUCCGCAGAUGGGUGCGAACCUCAACCCGCAUUUCAGCCACCAAAACAACACUCGGCCGCCAUCGUUAUCCGGGACCAUGGCUAACGCGGCCAUGGCAGGAAUGCAGAAUAUCACGCCCGGAUCAUUACCCGACAAUGCUAUGAGGGAGCUGAUGGCUAAAUGGGAACGGCAUCGCCCGCCGGCGAAUCUCGGACUUCAGACCCCUAAGCAGGGACAAGUUCCCGGGGCGCCGGGACAGCUUCAGGCCGGACCGAUGACCGGCCCAAACCAAGCUGCCAUGAUGAAUCCAAUCCAAAAGGGCAACGUCAUGAUACCGCCGACGGCACAGCAGUCCGCUGACAAAGCUCGCCUCAUGGCCUACAUACAGUCUCCCCAAGGUCAAGCCACAAUGAACAGCAUGGAUAUUCCCCCGGAUAUCCUGAACCGGCUUCGCGCCACCGGUCCCCUACCUGGCGAAAUCCGGAAAUGGGGACACUUCAAGCAAUUCAUACAGGCCAAUCCUACCGUCCCUCAGGCUUCACUGUUGAAUAACCUCUUGCCGUUCCAGGUGGCUCAGUUCAAGAGCAUAUGGGACAAGAAGAGAUCAGCAGGUAUUGCCGGAGUCCCUCAGCCUCCGAAUGCUCCUGGCGCCCAAGUGCAACUCCAGCAGAAUCAGCCAGGAUUGCCCCCUGGGUACACGUACCCGAUUUUCCAAGUAACACCGCAGGACAUGGAAGCAUUCCGCAAGCACCCGAAAGUUGCGACGAUGAGCGACGAGUCGUUGUACGAAUUUAUCAAGAGAGCGAAAAGGGACAAUUUCUACAAGAGGAGUUGGGAGGCCUACAAUGCUCAAAAUCAGGGCAAUGCCAAUCCCCCCGCAGGGGGCCAAAAAACGACGCCACAGAUCCCCCAGAUCCCGGUCACUCAGCCAGGGAGCGUCACGCCAACUCAACAGCAAAACCUGCGCCAGAACGCCCAGCAGCAAGCCGCUCAGAUGAAGCCUCCCGGUGUCCCGGCGGCAGACGCGGUGACGACCGCGGCUUCGGCAACCCCCAACAACGUCCGACCGCCGCCAAACCCUUCCCCCGCUCCAGCACCCAAGAGUUUGAAGCGGCCGAGCCCCGACGAUUCGAACGAGGCGUCCAGCCAGCCAAGCAGUGCUAUGCAGCGUGCCUCUUCGCAGCUUGAGGUCCGGCCCCCGACCGCCGCCCAGAAGCUGAGUCCUGAGCAGAUAGCAAAACUUCCACCUGACCAGAAGGCUGCCGCGAUGCGGAAGCAGGUGCAGCAGGGCCAGCAGGAGUACGCCUACGAGAUCAGCCGGUUAAAGGAGAUCCAGCGGCAGGCGCUCCAGGGGCACCAACAGCAACCCGGUGUGGAGAUAGCAAUGUCUGGCUCGGAGCUACAGGAGACGCGUCACAGAAUCGCGAAGGCGCGCGGGAACAUGGAUAUGUUACGCGGGCAAGGCAUACUCCAGUGGUACCGUCUCACCAAGGACGACGCACGAGCAACCAUGUUCUUCAAAGUGCGCUUCAAGAUAGUCAGCCAGUUUCUCGAUGGCGAGAAGAUGACACAGAUGCGGCCGUCCUUGACCAUUUCCAAAGACGAGCUAGAUCAGUUCAUCUCCAUGACGGACGGCAUGCUCCGAGAGCUACCCAUUGCUUUGAAAGCGAACCAAGGCGCGGCCGGGAGUGCGCAGCCAGGAAACCAACGCCCCUCCCAGCCAGCUCCCGCUGCGGCCCCAUUAAGCGCCGCAAACUUGGAGAAGCAGACACAGGCUCUCAAGCAAGCUCAGAACCGGACGAUUCCUAAGACUGCGCAGCCCCCUGCAGCCCCGACGACAGCCCAACCACCGUUCCAGUUUGGCGCCCACAAGACACCCGCCAGGAACCCGGAAUACUUCAGCGAGCAACGUAUCACACCCGCCAACCUGGUCCUCCCGCCCCGAAAGAAGGCAAAGACUGCAGCAGCCCAGAAGUCUCCUCCCGUAACUCAAACUCAGGCGGCGGGGCCCUCAUCCCCACAAACGAAGGCGCCGUCUCCUACAGUUGGUAAAAAAGCCGAACCAGUCAAGGCCCCGCCGAAGCUAGUAUGCCCCGAGCCCGGCUGCGAGAUGAACUCCAUGGGCUUCCAGAGCGAGGAGGCGCUCAAUGCUCACCGCGAGGAGGAACAUGUCAAGCCGUACGAGAACCCAUACGGGUUCUUGCAGGAGCAGAUAACCUCUGCUUUGGGGCUGGACGCGCAAGGUCAGCCGAAGCCGGCACAGCAGCUCAAUAGCCAGGAGCCGGCGGCUCUUGCAGCACCACCCAUGAGUGCUAGCGUCUCCAAACAGGGCCAGACCCCGAGGAGCAAACCGGAGUCGGCGGCGACACCAAUGUCUCGGGAGGCAUCCAUGCGGCGGCAGGGCAGUGCAGCAGGAGCCAAGGCGGGCGAAGUCGUCGGCACGCCCGGCAGGAACGCCACACCUCGCGUCGGCAACGGCAGGCCGCCGGCUGGUAAACAAGAGAUACCAGCUCCGCAAGCGACUGUGACGGAAGAUCCUUGGUCGAAUUCGACGAUAGACCCCCAAAACCUCUUUGCCCCUCUCGGUAAGGCGCUGGAUUAUGUCAAUGGGAAUGUCAUGGCCGAUUUUGGGACAUACCGAUCGUCGACGCCCAACGACACGCCCGAGUCGAGCAAGGAUAGCGGCACUUCGGAGCCAACCAGCGACAUCCCCGAAGGUUCGACGUUGGACAUUGACAUGAGUCUGCUACUUGAUAACGACUUGCUUCCGGAUAUGGACAAGAUAAACAUGGAAGGGCUUGAAGGAUUGGAUAGUGACUUGUUUGGAGCCGAAAACCUCGACUACCUCCUGGAUGAUAUGGUGACGGACUUCUCUAAGCCUUUCCAGUUUGAUUCGUCACUAUAUUCGAUGGACCCGACAGCGUGA